AUGUCGGUCAUCGUUUACAUCGCUCGCUAUAUCGUCCUCGGUUUAUCCUUGAUAUUCGCCGUCGCCGUCUUGGGCUUGAGUGCCCGCACCACAGAUACGAGCAUUUUAUUCCUGGGAGGCAUCGCACCCUUCGAGAUAAUAAACCUCGUUGUUGCUCCUCUCACUAUAGUUGCGCUUUCCAUAAUAUUGAGUGUAGGUGCAUUUCGACAAAAUGCCAUCACAUCUAUGAUAUGGGUGGAAGUCACGACGUUGAGUAUUCUUUGGGCAACGUGGGUCGUGGUCGCGGUGUUCGCUACGAGAGUCAUCAACUUCAACUUCCCCUUGGGAUGUUCUGCGUACAUUCCCUUCUACCUUCAGCUUUGUAGCCAGAUUACUGCUAUCCAGGGCCUGUCCUGGACGGUUUUUGUGCUUCUCAUUGGAUACUCCGUGAUAUUGGGAAUCAUGGCUUGUGUUGCAACGAGUCGAGGAAUUCCGGUGUGGUCCAAGUCCGUUAAAGAUGCAACCUUCUCCCACCCCUCCUCAAACCAGGGCGUUCAAAUGCCUCCAAAGCCUGAGCUGCAGGCGAACCAUCAGCAUGCCCACCUUCAAUUACCACAGCAAGCCAACCACCAGCAACCAAGUCUCCAAGCUUCCGCCCUACAGAAUAACGGCGUCGGCUAUAGUGUCCCCAUGCCCCCAGAUGGUGCGGCCCUUGCCAUCUCCACUCCAAACCAGACACCGGCUUACCCUCAAGUCUGA